UCUGAGCUUUGAGAUUCUGAGAACCUCUCAGAGUUUGUACAAGUGAGAACAGAGGCUCACGGCAUUUCGGAUUUCGAGGCCGGACCUUAUCGUUAAUUUGACCUGAUAAGCGCAACAUAUUUCUCUAAUCAAAUUCUCCACCGACACGCAUUGCUCCGUCUCCAACGCCGCGCAGGGAUUCAGUCACCGGCGUCUCUUCCCUCCGCAUUACCACCGCUUCACUCCGAUUGGCCUGCUUCUUUGUGAAUCAAUCCUAAUGUGCAGCUGAGUUAGAAAUAAAUGGAGAUUCCUUGUACCAAGGUUUUCCAGGUACGAUAGACAAGGGCAUCGCAGAUAUUAUCAUGGAUGGGCGUUUUGAAUCAACAAGGAAUUCUAGUGACCAACAAUCUCUAGGAACAAGUGGAAACACAUUUCGCCAAGCAAGCCGAUGUUUGAAUCCACAAUCCAAGUUCAGAUCAGAAAAGCAUAGUUUAUCCUAUGCUGAUCUCCAUCAUGAAAUUACCCGAAAUGUGAAAGAUAUACCACCCAUGUCUGAUGGAAACCACCGGAAGCAGUGUAUUGAUAGAAUGACAACUGAGGCCGAUGAACUUGUCAAGCAUAUGUCGAAGUUGCCAAGUUAUCUUGAGAAAGGGAAAAACCUCCAGGAGAAAGCUUUGAAUGUUGGAGUUCUUGACUGGAGGCGCCUAGAAAAAUGGCAGUAUAGCCAAAAGCAUAUGCCAAACAGAAGUGACAGGUAUUCACCGUCCAGCAGUAAUACAACCUCAUCCUUUUCGACAGAUGAAUCAUCAACCCAUUCUAGCGGAGGUCACAGCUGUUCACCUGCUCGACUUACGGUUCACCGUACUCCCCUCCAAUCUCAUUUCACGACUUCUCCAAUGGAAGGGCCUUCUGAAGUCGUCAACUCAUUUAGAGGAUGUAAUGGAGAGUCUGUGGAUCUUAAAGCUGACCAGAGUAACAACAUGAAUGGACCGGAGAAGUUCAUUAGGCCAGAUAAGUCUCUCUGCAACAAUCAUAUAAAUAUAACGGUUGCUCAGGGCAAGAGAAAAGACUCAGACCCAAAGACUCAGCCAGAAAGAGGAAAUUUGCGGCAUGGAUUACAGCAUGAGGUGGUAGCAACAAAGUUAAGGGUAAAGAAAACUUCUCAAGGUGAGUCUCUGAAGAAAGUAGAUAAGGCCCAGCAGCCAUUUUCAGAAAAUCUUGAACUAGAUAGCCCAGAAGGUUGCAAUAGAGUUGUUUUGCUUGUGCCUAGAGAUCUUCCUGAAAAAAAACAUUCUGGGUUGGGGCUUUCCCACAUUUCUGAUUCAGAAAGACUCCCAGGUCAAAGAGCUGCAGAAAUGCCAGAAUUAACUCGACUAAGCUUGCCAGAGAGGCCCAAGGAGGCCUGCCUUGCAGAGCUCAAUUCUGGUCUCCCCCACUCGUGUCGUUUUCCUUCUGAAGUUGAUCGUAAGCAUUUUAGGGUAAAACAUCUUGGCUCCGCUGCGGCAGCAAGUGGCAGCUUUCAAUCUAAUACACUUGGCUCAGCAUCACAGUUGGCUCUUAGAUCCUCAACAAGAAUGAGUCCAUCCAGACAUAGAGUUCAGGAAAACAAGAAAAUGACCGGAGUAUCAAUAAUGUCAACUGCAAAUGAGCCUUCUAGAGGAUCAGAUUUAAAGCCAGGGAAAGUAAUUGCUGAAAAAGUAAGAAGCUCAUCACCUUUCCGGCGACUAAGCAUUGCUGUGGGUAAGAUGAGUAAAACUUCCAGUUCUAAAGACUCUUCAGAUGUACAACAGCCUCGAUCAACAACUUUCAAGGCUAGACCUGGUUCUAGGAACAACAUUGCUUCUGGUUCCCUGGAUACUUCGGACACUGAUAAGUCCAAUGCCGGUGGCAGAGCCAGGUCCAGCCCGCUGAGGAGGUUACUGGAUCCACUGCUGAAGCCAAAGGUAGCCAAUCAUCAUUCAGUUGAGCCCCUGGAGAAGAAUUCCAUAUCAACAAACAAGGCCUGUAAAUCGUCUGGUGUGCGGGUGGAAUCUUUGUCUGAGCAGCCAGGGAAAGUAAAGCUAGGCAUGUCUGGUUGUAAGCAAAUAAAUGUCAAUGAAUUUUCUAUGGAUAGGAAGACUAGACCAUCAGUGGUUCAAGCUCUUCUACGAGUUGCAGUUAAGAAUGGCCUGCCCCUGUUCACAUUUGCAGUCAACAAUGACAUUGACAUUCUUGCAGCCACAAUGAAGAAGUUGAAUACCUCAGGCAAGGGUGAUUGCAGUAGUAUUUACACAUUCUUCAGCGUGCGGGAAGUCAAGAAAAAGAAUGGAACUUGGCUGAAUCAUGGAAGCAAAGGAAAAGGUCAUGAUUACAUCCGUAAUGUUGUUGCUCAAAUGAAGGUUUCUGAUUCACAAUUUCCCAAUUUUGUUAGACUGGAUCAGUUUAGCUUUAGAGAGUUUGUUUUAUUUUCAGUAAACCUGAAACAGGCAGAUUGUCAAACCUCAGACUUCCAGCCAAAUGAUGAACUUGUAGCUGCUGUUGUCAAAAUCCCAAAAAAGAAGAGUCAGACAUCAUCUACAGAUGGGUGUAAUAAUGAUACCUAUAGUGACUUGCCUACAGUUGGUUCAGAAGAGUGUUUGUCAAAGGUGAGACAUCACUCUUAUUCUGUGGCAGAUGUACAGAGCAAGCCUUUUGCUGGUAGUCAAGGCUUCAUUAGCACAACAGUCAUACUUCCUAGUGGUGCCCAUAGUCUUCCGAGUAAUGGAGGACCAUCGUCUUUGAUUGAAAGGUGGAGUACAGGUGGAUCAUGUGACUGUGGUGGUUGGGAUUUGGGUUGCAAACUACGAAUAUUGGACAACCAGAAUCAAGCGAGUGAGAAUUUAACUUCACAUAAUGCUAGUUCAAUCCCAGAUCGGUUCGAGCUUUGCUAUCAGGGUCCUCUACAAGAAAACCAACCUACUUUAAGUUUGGCUCCAUUUAAGGAUGGGAUCUAUUCAGUUGAGUUUAAUCCUUCACUCUCAGUCUUACAAGCGUUCUCCAUAUGUAUAGCAGUGUUAGAUAGUAGGAAUCUAUGUGAGUUCUCAGAGUUCCGGGAAACCAAAGCAACAGUGCCAGUUGAUGGAACAAGUGAGCCGAAUCAAACAGAAGGGGAAGUUCCUGCAAGAUAUGCCUCGUAUCCCCCUCAUUCACCAGUAGGGCGUGUCUAGUCUUACUGUGACUGCAGCUCGGACUUACGAUAUAUAUUUUCAGUUGGUCGGGUUGCCGGGUUGGCAUUGUAUACCAUCUAUAGUUGGUGCCUGUAGUUGGUGCCUGUACUCGAUUUCCUGAGCGAAGUUAUAUUUAGUUCAACGCAUGUACUGUAAGAGGAACUCUCUCAUCAAUUUUAAAUGUGCAUAUAGUGAGUAGUGGUUAAGUAGGCUAUCUCUUAAAUCUUAAUGAAUCCUAUUUAAGGUAACAAUAUUCAUCAAGGAGAAUAAUGAAUACAAUAACCGGAGAAUUGGGUGCAAGCCCCU